AUGCCGGUGCGAAGAGGUCAUGUGGCGCCACAGAACACUUUUCUGGGAAUAAUAAUACGAAAAUUCGAGGGACAGAAUAAGAAAUUCAUCAUAGCCAAUGCCCGUGUGCAGAACUGUGCUAUUAUCUACUGUAAUGAUGGCUUCUGCGAGAUGACGGGUUUCUCCCGGCCGGACAUCAUGCAGAGACCCUGUACGUGUGACUUCCUGCACGGCGCGCAGACCACGCGGCAUGCCAUCGCCCAGGUGGCCCAGGCCCUGCUGGGCUCCGAGGAGCGCAAGGUGGAGAUCACCUACCACCGCAAAGACGGUUCAGAGUUUCUCUGCAAUACACACAUCAUCCCAGUGAAGAACGAGGAGGGCGUGGUGAUGAUGUUCAUUCUGAACUUUGACUACGUGCUGGAGGAGGGGAGCAGUGAUUCGCUGCAGAGACUCAACAUUACUCCUCCUGCCAAAACAGAGUACAGGAGAUUCUUCAGGUUCCGUCUGCCGUCACUGAACCUGCUGGGUUCCAGCAAGCAGACUUUGCCCCAAGAGGACCCUGACACAGUGAUGGUGGACUCCCCGAGAGCCAGCGAUGACUCAGUGGCCUUGAGGGACUUCCAGUCGCCCACCAAGGACAGCUGCAGCCCAGCCGAUGCCAACGACACGCGAGCCCUAAUCAGCUCCAGUCCCCACUCCUCCCCUGUAAGUGUGUCUGGACCACUUGACCACUCAUCCCCCAAGCAGCUGUGGGACCGUCCUAGCCCAUCUCAGGCCCAGUCCACUGCCUGCUUGGCCCAGUCCAUCUCCAGAGACAGUGUAUGUAGCAGAAGACGGGCCUCAUCUGUGCAUGACAUUGAAGGCCUCAGCAACUCCAAGCGGCAUUUCAGGGACAGGCACGCCAGUGAAGGUCCUUUUAACCAUCUCAAAUCCAGUCUGCUGGGCUCCACUUCAGAUUCCAAUCUGAACAAAUACAGUACUAUUAACAAGAUCCCCCUCAUUGCGCUCAACUUCUCUGAGACCAAUAACGACAAGAAAGUCCCCUCACCUCCUGCCUCUGAGAAGACCAUUAUUGCUCCCAAGGUCAAAGACCGUACGCACAACGUCACUGAGAAAGUCACACAGGUAUUGUCCCUGGGUGCAGAUGUAUUACCAGAGUAUAAGCUCCAAGCUCCACGCAUAGAUAAGUUCACCAUCCUCCACUAUAGCCCGUUUAAAGCUGUGUGGGACUGGCUCAUACUGCUGCUAGUCAUCUACACAGCCAUCUUCACACCCUAUUCUGCUGCCUUCCUGCUCAACGACCGUGAGGAGCAGAAGAGGAGAGAGUGUGGCUACUCUUGCAGCCCACUCAAUGUGGUGGAUUUAAUGGUGGACAUCAUGUUCAUCAUAGACAUCCUCAUAAACUUCCGCACCACAUAUGUGAACUCCAACGAGGAGGUGGUCAGUCACCCAGGGAAGAUCGCUGUUCACUAUUUCAAGGGGUGGUUCCUUAUAGACAUGGUGGCAGCCAUUCCCUUCGACCUACUCAUCUUUGGCUCAGGCUCGGAUGAAACAACUACUCUGAUUGGCCUGUUGAAGACGGCCCGGCUGCUGCGUUUGGUCCGUGUUGCCAGGAAGCUGGACCGCUACUCUGAGUACGGAGCAGCAGUGCUCAUGCUCCUCAUGUGCAUCUUCGCACUCAUUGCCCAUUGGUUGGCCUGCAUCUGGUACGCCAUUGGCAACGUGGAGAAGCCUUAUCUAAAGGACAAGAUUGGCUGGCUAGAUAAUCUUGGGGUGUCUAUUGGAAAGCGGUAUAACUACAGUGACCCCUCUUCUGGACCCUCCAUAAAGGACAAAUAUGUCACAGCAUUGUAUUUCACAUUUAGCAGUCUGACCAGCGUAGGCUUUGGCAACGUCUCACCAAAUACCAACUCUGAGAAGAUCUUUUCUAUCUGUGUGAUGCUCAUCGGAUCUCUAAUGUAUGCCAGCAUCUUUGGGAAUGUGUCGGCCAUCAUUCAGCGGCUGUACUCAGGAACAGCGCGCUACCACAUGCAAAUGCUGCGGGUGAAAGAGUUUAUCCGCUUCCACCAGAUUCCAAACCCUCUCAGGCAGAGGCUGGAGGAGUACUUCCAGCACUCCUGGACCUACACCAAUGGCAUUGACAUGAACAUGGUGUUAAAGGGCUUUCCUGAGUGCUUGCAGGCAGAUAUAUGUCUCCAUCUGAAUCAGAGCCUGCUACAGGGCUGUAAGGCAUUCCGGGGGGCCACUAAAGGCUGCCUGCGGGCCCUGGCCAUGCGCUUUAAAACCACUCACGCUCCCCCAGGAGAUACACUCGUCCACUGUGGAGAUGUCCUCACAGCGCUCUACUUCCUCUCCCGAGGUUCCAUCGAGAUCCUGAAGGAUGAUGUUGUGGUGGCAAUUCUGGGAAAGAAUGACAUCUUUGGAGAGAUGAUCCACCUGUAUGCCAAGCCAGGGAAGUCCAACGCAGACGUGCGGGCACUGAGCUACUGUGAUCUGCACACCAUCAACCGAGAGGAGCUGCUGGAGGUGCUGGACAUGUACCCUGAGUUCUCUGACCACUUUCUCACCAACCUGGAGCUCACCUUUAACCUGAGAGAUGAGAACGCUAAGGUGAGCUACUCACAGCUCAGUGACUCAGAUGGAGAAGAUAAUAAAGGCAAGAGGAAGAUUUCCUUCAAGCGUAAACCAUCCAAAGGGGGAAGCGUCAAGGACAGUAAAAGUGAGAGUAGAAAAGAGCGGCGCGAGUCACGGCUCAGCUCAAAGAGAGGCUCGGACGACUGCAGGGCUUCCAAGGAAGAGCCACAGAGGAUGCUGGGAUACCCAUGCAUAGAGGGUUACACCCCAACCCCUGACUGCAGCCCGUCUGUGGGCGAGCUGGAGAGUGAGCCGUAUUACGAUGACAUGCAGACUACUGACUGGGAGAGUGUAAGGCCGAGGGAGGCUGUGGAAGACUCGGCUCAAAAACAGAAGCUCAGAGGGGAAGAAGAAGAUGAGAUGGAAAGUGAGCUCACAUAUGGAGAGGUGGAGCAGAGACUGGACCACCUGCAGGAGCACCUGAACAGGUUGGAGUCUCAGAUGACAUCAGACAUCCAGGCAAUUCUGCAGUUACUACAGAAGCAGUCCUGCAUAGGCCCCCCAGCGUACAGUGCAGUCACAGCCAACCUGGAGUACAGAAAACCCGCCAUUAGAGUGCAGCCUGUCUCUGCAAUUAGCACCAGCCACACCCUCAGCCCAGCCCCACAGAAUGCUGAGUUGUUCAGCAUGGUGAAGGCUUACCCCAUAUCCAAAGAUUCAGUAUCAGGACUGGCUCAUCCCAUGUCCAAAGAUUCAGUGUUAGACGCAACUCACACAGACUCUCUCCCUGAGCAGAACAAGGAGACGGUCCAACUCCACGGCCCCACGUCGCUCCAGGCUGUUCUCUCAAGACACCAAUAUUCCAGAUCGCUUCUUCCAAUUCACCUCUCCUCACCCCCUGAGACACCCGUCAGUAGCACUGGGGCCGUGGGCCUCCACAGGCCUCAGUCCGAUCCUGGACUGCCUAGAAGUAGCACUGAGUCUCAUCCAUGACUAUGGGAUUUCAUUUCCAUAUCCUGUGUGGGAUUGGACUGCCGAUUUCACGCUGACAAGCAUCAGAGCAUCAAGAGGAUGAUCUUCUUUUGAACUGCUAGGAGAAUAAUGAUGAAAGUAGAGGACAGUCUAGAAUUCUAAAGUCUGUAACUAUGAAGCUGAAACUUUAGUUUGUUUUGGUGCAGCUGAACAUUCUGUUAGGUUUGUGUGAGGGUUUUAUAACUUCCUACAUGUCAUCACUGACCUCUUCUGUAGCUUUUGCUCUUUGCUGGCCUUCUGGCAGUGGAUGAAUCACCUCCCUUCCUCCCUCAAGGACUCAGGGUCUGGUUAGUGACUGCAUUAUGAAGUGCAUGGUAUUGGGUGGUUUCUUCUUGCAGCUAUGCUGCGCUUCGUUUCCUCCAUGUAAAUUCUACUGCUGUAUUUUCUCAGACUUGCAGAUCCUUGUUCAUGGCACCAUGUAGCAUCAGGAUACUUAGCAAAACCUGAGAUCUGAGAUUCUUAACUAGCUGGGGGUGUGGUACUUGGCACUUGUGUGAGGGUGAGGAGUGGCUGGGUAAUAGGCGGAUGUGCUACACCCGAUCCUUGUUUGGUUUUGGUUUAUUUAUUUAUUCCCGUUCUCCCCUCAGUAGGGACACAACCCUGGAGAGAUGCAGCAGAUGGGAGAGUUUUAUUUCUCUUUUUCACCCCACUCAGGGUAACAACCAAAUACGAUAAACAAUAAAACUCAAUGAAAGCAGCUUUGCAGCAUAUUUUCUGUCUUAU